CCGCGGCGCCGCUCCGCCCCGCCAGCAUCUCGCGAGACUUGAGACGGGCCGGGAGCUGCCCGCUGCAAAUGGCGGGGCGGAGGCACGGCGGCGCGGGGGAGCAGAGGAGGCGACGGUGCCAUCAUGGAGCACAUCACCACGCCGAAGGUGGAAAAUGUGAAAUUACUGGAUCGCUAUACAAAUAGGAAGGCAGCAAGUGGGACUUUAUACCUGACAGCUACCCAUCUUAUCUAUGUAGAUGCUUCUGCUGAAGUCAGAAAAGAAACAUGGAUUCUGCAUCACCAUAUUGCAACUGUAGAAAAACUGCCUCUGACCACAGCUGGAUGCCCACUCCUUAUUCACUGCAAGAACUUCCACGUGGCACACUUUGUUAUUGGGCAGGAACGUGACUGUCAUGAAGUGUAUACCUCAUUGCUUAAACUUUCACAACCAGUGAAGCCUGAAGAACUUUAUGCUUUCUCUUACAAUCCUAAGAUGUCUAAAGAUAACCGGGAGAUUGGAUGGAAACUGAUUGAUUUGAAAGUCGACUACCAGCGUAUGGGAAUCCCAAAUGACUACUGGGAAAUAACGGAUCUUAAUAAAGACUAUGAGGUUUGCAACACAUAUCCUCCAGAAAUCGUGGUGCCUAGAGCUGCUAGUAAGGCAACAGUGAUUGGAAGCUCAAGGUUCCGAAGCAGAGGGCGGAUUCCAGUGCUUUCUUACUUAUAUAAAGAAAACAACGCUGCCAUAUGUCGCUGUAGCCAGCCCCUCUCUGGCUUCAGUGCUCGCUGUCUGGAGGAUGAACAAAUGUUGCAGGCAAUCAGAGAAGCCAACCCUGGGAGUCCCUUCAUGUAUGUUGUAGACACAAGGCCAAAGUUAAAUGCCAUGGCCAACCGAGCUGCUGGGAAGGGUUAUGAGAAUGAAGAUAAUUAUGAUAACAUCCGCUUUAAAUUUAUUGGCAUCGAAAACAUCCAUGUGAUGCGGAACAGCCUGCAGAAACUCCUGGAGGUGUGUGAAACAAAGUCUCCAUCAAUGAGUGAUUUCCUUACUGGGCUGGAGAACUCGGGCUGGUUACGGCACAUCAAGGCUGUAAUGGAUGCAAGUGUCUUUCUGGCCAAGGCUGUGAAAGAUGAAAAGGCCAGCGUGUUGGUCCACUGCUCUGAUGGGUGGGACCGCACAGCACAGGUCUGCUCCUUGGCUAGCCUCCUCUUAGAUCCGUUUUAUAGGACUUUUAAAGGCUUCAUGGUUCUUAUAGAAAAAGAAUGGAUUGCAAUGGGCCACAAGUUUUCACACAGGUGCGGCCAUUUGGAUGGUGACCCGAAGGAAGUAUCCCCUGUCUUCACUCAGUUCAUUGAAUGCGUCUGGCAGCUCAUGCAGCAGUUCCCUUGUUCAUUUGAGUUUAAUGAACAUUUCCUUCUUGAAAUCCACGAUCAUGUCUAUUCCUGCCAGUUUGGAAACUUCCUUGGGACCUGUCAUAAGGAGCGUGAAGAUCUGAAAAUCUUUGAGAAGACCCAUUCUCUGUGGCCUUUCCUCUUACAGAAGAAGCAGGAAUUGAGAAAUCCUUUGUACAGAGGAUUUACAGCUUACAAAGAGCUUCAACCCAACACGCUCCCUUUUAGUUUUCAGUUUUGGUGUGGGAUGUACAACCGUUUUGACAAAGGAAUGCAUCCAAAACAGUGUGUAUUGGAUCAUCUACUGAGCUGCAUGAACCAAAAGAUAAAACUAGAGGACAAUGCUUCUGAAUUGGAAAAUAAACUUCCUUUCCUUGACGGUCCGUUGCCCAGUGAAGCUUGCUUCUUAUCUAAAGUAGGAUGUGCUGCUUCAAAAACACCAAUGCUGAACACUCCCCAGGAUUAUGAAGGGGAGCCACCACCUGUGUUGACCAAUGGUGUCUCAGAUGGGGAUACAGAUGUUACGUCAGACGUGGACCAGAAAAACAAAGAGAACCUGACUAAUCACCGAGACCUCCGUCUUAAUGACAAUGUUGAUGUUUUAAACUCCGAAGCUAAGGAUGGGAAGCCUCAGCACCAUUGAUCAGCUCUGAGAAUUGCGUUCAAUGAAGCAGGUGCUUGUGGUUGAGGCUUAAAGGUUCUGUGACCCUGCUGGGGUGUGGACCUCCUAGCCACUUCCUGCUAAGUGUUACUAUGUAUGUUUGCAGGGAGCUGUGCUCUUGCUGUAGCCAACGCAGUCCGUGUUUGGUUUGGUUUGCAUCAUUUUGGGACUAAAAUGAUGAAGAUGCAUACAAAGCUGCUGAGAAGGCUAUCCUGAGUUACAGUAUAAACCUUAUUUUUCAGAGGAAGUAUGAUGUUUCUUUAAGGUUUAGAACUGUCUAGCAGUACUGCUAUUUUAAGCUAAAAGACAUCAUGGCCAAUUAAUGUGGAGUUUAGGAAUUGAUGCAGUAUUCAUGAUGGGAGUAGGAGAUGCAAUGCGUUUAUUCUCAGUGGUGGUGCAGGGUUGUAAAUGCCCUUCCAGUUCAUCUAAAAGUGGUAAAAAAAAAAAAAAAAUCUCUUAGCUGUGAAUGAAUCUCUGCAUGGACCCUCACCUUAUGGCAGAACUGAUUCAUUUUUUGUUUCCUAUGCACAUUUGUUAAAGAAAAAACUGUGCCUUUUUAUGGAGACCACUUUUAUAUCUAGCUGUGCAAUGUAGUAGUAGUAUUUUAGUGUAGUGUGUAGUAUUUGGUCAUCUUUGUAGUCAGUAUUUUUAAACAAAGUUUUGUAUCUUCUGCCACUUUCCCUAGGAUCUAUGCUGGUCUCGAGUUUAGCAGCUUCUUUCUAAGCUGACCUUUGAAAGAGUAAACUUUUAUGGACUUCAUUUACUUACCUGUGAGAGUGUAGCAAGCCACAGAGCCUGUAGCACAUGAAUUUUUGAUAGAAGGAGGGUUAGACAUAAGACAAGGUAGGAAAAAUACUCAAAUUCAUAUGGAAUCCUCCUCUUCUCUUAAAUGAUGUUGGUUAAACUGAAGCAGGAGAGUAACUCUUUGUUCUGUGUGGGGAUUGAUGGGAUUGCUGUGCUUUCUUCAGAUCCUUCAAUAAGGCAACAAUUAUAGAUAAGUAUAUUCUCUUGUAGAAACGAGAUGUAAAAUGAUUACUUCGCAUCACCCAUUGAGUGAUUAUAGUGAAAGUUAAAAUUAUGUGAAACCUUAGGUGUGAUUUAUCUGCGUUGUCAAGACCUGAGGGAAUGAACAGUUUCAGAGCACUGAAUUUUGGUGACAAACCAUAAAUUUAUAAACCAGGGUGUGACCCAUUAUUGGAUCAAGAAGUGAACAUCUUGGCUCAUUAUUGUGGCUUCAUCUUGGACUCACUUCAGUGCUUGUGCUACUUGGUUCCUUUAAUCUGCAGUGAUCUCAGCUGGAGAUACUGGUUGAAGUCUAAAGGUUUAAAGGAGAAAUGUAUUCCAUUUAUUCAGUUCCAAAAGUUCAUUUCCCUAGGGAAAUGGAUGGCCCAGAAAAGCUAUUCCACAGUUCUUGUUCUGGACAGAUUUAGCCUAUGGAUGUGUUUAAAUUGCACAGACUCCCGUUGAUGCAGCUUAAUUCAGUAUGGCUUUUUUUACUCUCCUUUGGAGUAUGUUGUUUUAAUCAGAUUCUCUUUGAAACAAAAUAUUUUCUAAGUUUUAUCAAAAUUAACCCUUCCAAUCUACCAUAAAAAGUAGAAACAUUCCAUUACUCCAUGACAACAUUAUCAUAGCCAUUGUUGGUAUGCAUAUAAACUCUCAUGAGAUGACUGGGUUAAUUCCAGUGUUCAAGAUGAACACUUCCAAACACUUUCAAGAAGAGAAGAAAAAAAGAAAAAAAAAUCUUCUCUGUGUGUAUCCCCUUGGGUAAGAAAAUGCUUUAUUAAGCAUGCCAAAAGACUCAAGUAACAAGAGUAAUACCAGAGAAAAGUUUCUUUAGUGUCUAUAGUGGCAAAGAAAAACUUUUUUUCUAAAUGCUUUUUCUAAUGUUACAGGUUUUUAAAUCUUAAAACAAGUAAUGUUUAAGUCUGUUUUAAAAAGUAGCUGUUUUUAGGGUAUGAGUGUAUGCUUGAUAUAAAAACUAAGCACAUUAAGAACAGAACCUAGAUACACUUAAGCAGAUGAUGUACCCACACAACAAAUUUUGAGCAUCGUAUCUGCAUACUGCAUCAUGCAAGCAGCUGUAUUUGGUUUUGAGGGAUGCACGUUUCCAAAUGCAUCUUUUUUAAUCUCAAGAUUAUCUGCUGUUUUGUCUCUUUGCUGUUGAAAAGAUCUGAUUAACAUUAAUCAUGCUUAGCAUUAAGCUAGACAGUCUGCUAGCCCUUGUUUGCCAUGUCCACGUAUUCAUCAAGCAAAGAGAUCACACCCGUGUCUUAGUCCCGCUGCUCUAAAUGCACAGGAUUUGAAAUUCUGCUGUAGACUUCCACUGGGAAGUAAUGUUUGCCUCUUCGUAAGCUCAAUUUGACGUGUGUGCUUAGCAGUUUGGAACUUCUUUCAAGCAAGCUAAUCGAUUCACUCCUUUCUAGGUAGUAGGGGGGUAUUGGAUAGUAUGCGUAGCUUCUGAGAUAGAGAACUCUUCGAUGGUAAAUGAGACCAAGGUAGGCACUUCUUAGGACCAGGUAUUCUAAACGUCAACAGGUUCUAUGCUUUUUCUAAUGAAAAUUGGAGAAUGUUGUAGACAAAUUUUGGCUACUACUGAAGAAUUUAGACAUGCCACUCGUUAAUCUUGAUAUAAAUACAAAUAUUUUGCAGAAGGUUACUAUGAAUGUUUACACACUGCCUUGUCUUUUGAAUUAACAUAGAUUAUCUUUUUUUUCCCCAAGUAUAAUAAUGUUUGCUUAUCCCUAUAAUAGGAUGCUGGCAUCUCCACAAAUCUUUCUGUAUGACAAUGUUACUUGAGGUGCAUACAACCCUGAAAAGAUUACUUUAUACACUGAAAGUCCUUACAAGCUUUUAGUAAUCAGUGCAUGACUUUAUACUUGGAAAUGCAAAACCUCGCUGAAAGGAGGGUAAUGAGCUGUAGUCUUCCACCUUUUGGAGUUAAUGUAUACAAACUUGGCCAAAGUCUACAGCUUACUAAAAAUCAUUCAUGCUGGUGCUGUAAAUUAAGGGAGCUAAAAUAUGUUUCAGGGUUUCUUGGAAUUCCAUAAUCUUAUUUGUUUGAAAACCAAUUAGCUUAGCUGUGAGCUUUUCUUGUCUUGAAGAUGAGUUUGUGUUUGAAGACCAAAAAUGAGCAGCUGUUCAAAGGUCUCUGAUCAGCUAGGAUUGGCUUUCUCGAGUCUUGCACGAAGCCUGUGUUCCAGAUCCUAGUGCCCAGCUGACAGUGGCAAGGGACUUUAUUAUAUGUUUCCUGGAAGCAUUAGAGGUAAAUUUAAAAGCUGUUAGAUAGGAAUCUCCUUAUCUGAGCACUGUAUAGGUGAAAAGUUACUGUAACUUAUUUAUUCCUAGAGGAACAUCUAUCCACGUGUUGCAAAGUCACUGAGUACUUUUUUGUUUGGAGCUGUUAACAGUGGAACUUGCUGCUUCCCAUGUGGACUCCUCUGCCAGGGAUGAAAGAGGGAUCCUAUUUGCUGUGGGUGGUUUCUGCUUCUGUAAAACUUUUCUUUUUUUGGAGCACUCCUUGCUUUGAGAUUCUCUGGAGUAUCAUGGUUAAUUUCCUGUAUGUAGUCUCUCUUGCUACAAAUAGCUGUAGUAUUGCAGUAGGCAAGUGCCUGUGAUAUUCUGUGCUAAAGCUACUACUUUGAAGCAGAAGUGACUCAACCUACCUUUAUUUCUCAGUAAAAUGUCUUAAUGCAUGCCUUAGAGUCCUAGAAUCAUAGAAUGGCUUGAGCUGGAAGGGACCCCAAGAAUCAUCAGGUUCUGACUCCUCACAGGCAGGGCCACCAACCUCCAGAUCUGGUACUGGACCAGGUCUUCAUCCUUCGUAGUGCAGGAUUCUUAAAUAACGUUGUUUUGCAGUUGUUUUUUUGUCAUAGAGCAAACCAAACCAGUACUACUUCACUGUUUUGCAGAGAAAAGGGAAUACUAGGUUUGAUCAUGGAUGUUGUAAUUCCCAGCUGGUCCUCUUGUGUAGCAGAGAUAAGCUGUUUAUUAAAGCCUGUAAGCAUAAUACACUUGUAGCUGCAUUCUCUCUUAGCAAGUGUCUUUUGACUGUUUAAGUGCUUAGAAGGAAAAUCUUGCUACGAUGUGGGUGCUUGCUGAUACGUGAAACUACCAUGACUUGGAAGGAAAGAGCAUUGCUUCUAGGUCGCUGGUAAACUUCAGUAAGCUUCAAGCCCUAGUGAGAAGGAUUUGCUGGCAGCUAAAGGUGUGCAGAGGUUUGUGGGAUCACUGCUUUGAGUUAGAUCUUGGUGGGCUGCAGGUAGGAAUAACCAAAUUGGUGAAGGGCCCAGAGUCUAUUGUUUCCAUUGUGUUUAGAGAUCGUGAGCUGCGUAUGCAAAGUACCCUUGCAACUGGCAAACCUGUAAGGGGUUUGUGAGGGGAAGUACCUGCAAGCUCUUCUGCCAGGUGCUGCCUCGUAUCCUUCCCUGGUGAAGCUGGCAUUUGGGUUACUCCAGUGCCUGACGCUUACUUCCCAGAGGAGCAGUUUCUGGGCACUACUUAGUAAUGAUGACGAGUGAGAGACCAGAAAAAUUGACUGUUGUUUCUCUUCUCCCCUUCACCACCACUUUGCAUUGAGAGUUGGAAUUGGUUUUUUUGUGUGUGUGAGUCUAGCACUCAUUAGGAGCUGGGGCAAUUCCUUGUUUACAUGCUGUCCCUCUUGCACGUAUAAGCACUUCCCAAAGCCUGCAAUGCAGGCUGGGAGGAAAUGAUCUGUUCUGAAUGUAGUAGUUUUGUUUUAAUUAACGUGCAGCAGGUCCUGUUAAAGUGCGUGUUCUUGUAAGUACCCUCAGCACUGAGAGCAGCCGGGUCGGUGCCAGUUGCAGUCUGUAAUUUGUUAGUGCUGUGUCCUUUUGGCAUCUCCUGGACUAGAGAAGCAAUGCAGGAGGAGGGUAGGCUGAGGUGGUUGACCUAAUUUCUUCUCAUAGUGUUGACCUGUGUGUAUAUGCCUCUGCGUUUAAUGUAGCAGCAUACUACUGGAAUAAAUUGUAGCACUGGAUCUAAUCAUAUGUAUUGGAGCACAAAUAUGUACUUUUCUCAUCAUCACAAAGUGAUCUUUGUAGGAACUUGCCUAAACUUGUGUAUAGUACUCAGCUGAAAAUGUUAAAUGGUUUUGCUGUGUCUGUGAGUUGCUAUUUUUGUCUUUACUGUAAUUGUUGAGGGACAGUUGUAUACAAUUGCGUAUGAUUAAAUCCCGUAUUCCUGAAUGUGCUGCAAUGGCUGUACUCAUGAAAGUCAUUUUAGUUAAUGCACUGCUUUAAAACAUUGUACCACGUUAAGAGGAGCACUGUGUCCUUUCUCUAAAUGUAUUUGUCUCAUGGAGUUACAUUUGUAUUACUGUUUAUUUUUAUUUCUUAAAAAAUAUAUAUAUCAGUACCUUGCCUUUUUAAAGGUGA